CCUCGGUAACGGCGUCUUGGUCGUGAAAGAUGGCGGGGCGAGGUCUUGGGCUCAGGAGACGGACUGUUUCAGGGACUCCACUCCCGCCACGCAUUCAGCAACCUGCUAAACCUCGACGAGACUUCCUCGCCAAGGAGGAAGAAUAUAAGCGUUUAAACGCAGAAUUGGAGGCAAAAACAGCUGAUCUGGUUCGACAAGCUGAGGAAGCAAUAAGAGAUCAGCAAGAACUACGAUCUCGGCCUAUUUCAGCACAUGUUAAAUCAUAUGAAGAGGAAGAUGAUUAUAGUUCAAGGGGUCUGUUAUCUGAAGGAUCAGUUCAUCUACAUUCAGAAACUCAGCCCAAGACCAAAAACAUUGAUCCAGUAAACAAGGUUCAAAAAAAACUACACUCUGCAAAUAAAGGAAGGAAAACAAAUUCAAGUGUAAAAUUGAAAUACUCUGAUGUACCAACUGCCAAUGAUGUUGCCAUUCCAGAGGAUUUCUCAGACUUUUCUCUUGCAAAAACAGUUAGCAAAAUUGAAGGGCAACUGGAAGAAGAAGGCUUACCUGAUUAUAUAGAUGAUGAUAUUUUUUGUGGUGUUAGUAAAGACAUUGGAACAGAAGCACAGAUCAGAUUUCUGAAGGCCAAACUCCAUGUUAUGCAGCAGGAAUUGGAUAAUGUUGUAUGUGAAUGCAAUAAAAAGGAGGAUGAAAUUCAGGAUUUAAAGUCUCAAGUAAAAAAUUUUGAGGAAGAUUGUGUGAGACAGCAGCGAACGAUUAAUUUACAGCAAUCUCAAGCAGAAAAAUAUAAAACUCUUUUCGAAGAAGCAAACAAAAAAUGUGAUGGAUUACAGCAACAGCUGUCUUCAGUAGAAAGGGAGCUAGAAAAUAAAAGAAGACUGCAAAAACAAGCUGCCAGUAGCCAAAGUGCCACAGAAGUUCGUUUGAAUAGAGCUCUAGAAGAAGCAGAAAAGUAUAAACUGGAGCUAAAUAAAUUAAGGCAAAAUAACAAGGAUAUAGCAAAUGAGGACCACAAAAAAAUUGAAGCAUUAAAAUUAGAAAACAGGAAACUAGAAAGACAAAAAGGAGAAUUAAUGAUAGGCUUCAAGAAACAAUUAAAAUUAAUUGAUGUUUUAAAAAGGCAGAAGAUGCACAUUGAGGCUGCCAGGAUGCUGUCCUUCACCGAAGAGGAAUUUAUGAAGGCGCUCGAAUGGGGGGAUUCUUAAGUGGGCUGCUUCAGUCAGUGUCUGACCAACAGUGUGGGAUAGAUUCACGUUUCAUUUAAGUUGUAAUGUUUUGAAUGUUUACUCUUAGUAAGUAAUGAAGAUACUUGAUAAUGAAAUCAAAGUAGUUCUAAGGAAUUCCAUUUGGGGGACUACAAAAUCAAUAUAUAAUUAUUAGGAAAAGUUAUAUUUAAAAAAUAAAGAAAUAGGAAUUUAA